AUGGAACAAAGUGACGACGAUUCAUCUAUUACCGAAGUUUCGAGUUGUGAUACAUGGGAACUUAUUUCGUCUCCCUAUACACUGAGACAAAUUAGACAAGAGAUAAAAUGUGAACUUGUUAAAACUAUUAAUGAUGAUAUUCUUCCUCAACUUUUACAAAAUCACGUAAAAGAUUUGAACUUUUCCGAUAAUGGCAUUAAAACUAUUGAUAAAGAAGUAGUAAAUCAAGUUCGUUCGUUAAAAAAUGAAAUAGUUAAAGAUGUACUGGAAGUUGUUAGACAUGAAAUCAUGCCAGAAAUUUUGGAAAAGGUUAAUCAAAGCAUAGUGACCAAAAAAUUGGCCACUCACCUUGAGUCCGUUAAUAGACUCAUUACCAACUUUGACGUGACUUUACAAUCUGUUCCAAUAAUCAUGAAAUCUUUUCAUCCAUUUUAUGGAAAAUUUUCUCCAAUUAUUAAUUUAAUUCGAAAUAUUUUAAUUAAUUGUUGGUCUAAUAAUUGGACUGGAAGUCUUGUUAUUUCUAGCGAUUCGAAAAAUUACUCUGAAAUUAUUUGUGAAUUAUUAAAACGUAUUAGAGGAUUAUUUGAUCAUUACACUUUAGGAGUUACAAUUAUUGAGAUAAAAGGAUGCGAACUUCGAAAUCAAAAAAUUGACAAGGAUUAUUCUGAUAAAUAUGAUUAUACAGUUUAUAAUGGUUGGAGAAUUAAUGAAAGGAUUUCUUUGGACAUACGUUCAUUUGAGAAUGAUUUGAAGAAAGUUUUGAUUAAUCAAUCAAAAAUCUUUUGCAUAUCUGAAAACAAAGAAAAUACUAUAACGUUUCAAGAUGAGGAUUUAUUUGGAAAAUAUAUAGAAUUUAGCAAUCAUCAUCUUACUGCUAUAAAAAUCAGAGACGAAAUUUGGCCUACACCAUUACAUUAUAUUGAAGCACAAAAAUACACCUCACAGAGCAUCCGAAAGCAAAUUCGUAUGGCAUCAACCAUUGAAAAAGUAUUAACGUUAUCACGAAAUUAUAGCUCUCAGCAACGUAAAGAUUGGGAUUCUUUUCUUCUCUCGUCUAGCUAUAAAUUAAUUGCAACUAAAGAAACACCAAAGCAUGAGGCUUUCCAUAUUGCAUUAACCAGUAAAUUUGAUCAGCACCCACAUUUAAAGUUUAAGUUGUUAUCUACUAGGUCACUUCCGAUCAAACAUCUAGCAAACGAUGUUGAUUGCAAUACUUUAGAUUUAGUAAAUAAAAAUUUUAUGGGAAAAACCUUAGAAAAUGUUCGAAAUUUGUUUAUGGAAAUUGAAUGCAAAAAGGCCGCGGGCGAAUUUAUUGAAGGUGAUGAAAAAAUGAUUAUGGAAGAGGUGAGAGAGACAAUUUGGAAAUUUAAAGGUGCUUAA